GGGAGCGGGUCAGGGGGAGGAGAAGCAGGGGAGUGGAGCGAGAAGACGACAGGAGGAGAUCCACCACUGGGUGACCACUUUAACCGGACCAUCCUCGCACAGCUUUUACCAAUGCUCCUCCACCCUGGCCGCGCCGACGCACAGCUGCGCCAAAUCCGAUGGUCUGCUGCGAUCCCGUCCGGGACCACGAAUACAAGAUGAUCGCGAUCCAGCGGAAGCCAUGGCGAUAGACCUGGCUUUGGAGACGGUUUUUAGCCUCGGCCUCUGAUCGCUGGCUGUGCACAAACAUCUGGACAUUGGUGUGCUCUCUGGCCUUCAUCCUCACCUCCCACCCUGUGGCCCCACGGCGUGGCCCCUACGAACCUCUCCGCACUUCAUCGAAAUUCUUAUCCAGGGGGAUAAAUGAGUGAACCGGCUGCAAGGGAAAGGGCUGGGACAUGUACCAGAACCCAGACAGAAUGUCCUGGUUCAGUGGUCUCCUAGUUGCCAGAGUGGACGACCGCAAGACUGCGUGGGGGGAGCGCAAUGGCAAGAAGUCCAAACGGAAGGGAGGCUCAUCUCUCUGCAACCCACGUUACAUGAGUUGUCUGCGGGACCCGGAUGCCAUGGAGCCCCCUUCCGGAGCCCCCCUCCACCAGCACCACUGCGGAGGGGUGGCUGGGGCCGCGGGAGGUGGCGGCAACUUCGGCGUGCGCUGCGGAUGGCAGGAGGACCACUAUGGCAAAAGGGGGGGAGCUCACGGGGAAGGCGUGGGGCUGAAAUCGGUCGACUUGGGCUUUGAGGACGGGGAUCUGAAAGGGAGGAAGGGGGGUUGUAAUGGAGGAAGUGGCGACUUGGGCGAUGAGGGUCCUAACGGCGCAGCGGGUGUGGUGACGGCGGCGGACUGCUGGCUCAGGGUGGUACGAGUAUUCCAGUCCAAAAAAUUCCAGUCCCGCAAACUGGAGCGCCUAUACCAGCGUUACUUCUUUAGGCUGAACCAGAGCUCCUUGACUAUGCUCAUGGGGGUACUUGUGAUCGUGUGCGGCAUCAUGCUGACCUUCCACUGUGUCCACGCCGUCCACGCCGCCCCUCAUGUGGCUUAUUCAUCGGCCUUGUCGGUGGCGAUGGCGCUCUUUAUGGCUCUGAUGGUAGUGUGCAACCGUAACGGCUUCCACCAGGACUACAUGUGGAUGGUCAGCUAUCUGGUGAUCGGAGUCUUGCUGUCGGUACAGGUGUUUGGGGUGCUCAUGGUGGCACCUAGGAGUGCUUCAGAAGGAAUCUGGUGGUCCGUGUUCUUCAUCUACAUCAUCUACACUCUGCUGCCGGUGAGGAUGAGGGCGGCAGUGCUGAGCGGAGCGGUGUUGUCCAUUAUUCAUGUGGUCACCACCUGGCAGAUCAACCAGGAAGACAAGUUCCUCUGGAAACAGGUGAGUGCUAAUGUCCUUAUCUUCCUGUGCACCAACAUCAUCGGCAUCUGCACCCACUAUCCUGCUGAAGUUUCCCAGAGACAAGCCUUUCAGGAGACCAGAGGCUACAUCCAGGCCCGGCUUCACCUGCAGCGUGAGAACCAGCAGCAGGAACGUCUGUUGCUUUCAGUGUUGCGGCACGUUGCCAUGGAGAUGAAGGCUGACAUCAAUGCCAAGAAGGAAGACAUGAUGUUUCACAAGAUCUACAUCCAGAAACACGACAACGUCAGUAUUCUAUUUGCAGAUAUCGAGGGUUUUACCAGCCUGGCCUCUCAAUGCACAGCCCAGGAGCUCGUCAUGACACUCAAUGAACUCUUCGCCCGUUUUGACAAGCUGGCAUCGGAGAACCACUGUCUUCGUAUUAAAAUAUUGGGAGAUUGUUACUACUGUGUGUCUGGACUUCCUGAACCCCGGGCCGACCACGCCCACUGCUGUGUGGAGAUGGGCGUCGACAUGAUCGAGGCCAUCUCGCUGGUGCGUGAGGUGACGGGCGUCAACGUCAACAUGCGCGUUGGCAUUCACAGCGGGCGCGUGCACUGCGGGGUGCUGGGACUCAGGAAGUGGCAGUUCGACGUGUGGUCAAACGACGUGACGCUGGCCAAUCACAUGGAGGCCGGAGGCAAAGCAGGGCGCAUCCACAUAACAAAAGCCACGCUGCAGUAUCUGAACGGGGACUAUGAGGUGGAGCCGGGUUUCGGAGGAGAGAGAAACGCAUAUCUGAAGGAGAACAGCAUCGAGACCUUCCUGGUCCUCGGGUGCAGCCAGAAACGGAAGGAGGAGAAGGCGAUGAUGGCCAAGAUGCAGCGGACGAGAGCCAACUCCAACGAGGGCCUGAUCCCGCGCUGGGUCCCCGACAGAACCUUCUCCAGGACCAAAGACUCAAAAGUCUUCAGACAAAUGGGUAUUGAUGAAUCUUCCAGUAAAGACAACCGUGGUGUUCAGGAGGCCAUGAACCCGGAGGACGAGGUGGAUGAAUUUCUGGGCCGAGCCAUAGACGCUCGCAGCAUCGACCAGCUCAGAAAAGACCACGUCAAGAAGUUUCUACUAACCUUCCAGACCUCCUGCCUGGAGAAAAAGUAUUCAAAGAAAGUUGAUGACCGUUUUGGGGGCUACGUCGCCUGUACUCUGCUCGUGUUCUGCUUUAUAUCUUUCAUACAGAUUGUUAUCUUUCCACACACCCCGGUAAUGCUGGGAAUCUACAUCAGUAUCUUCAUCAUACUCGCCAACAUCCUCUUCAUCUGUGCCAUAUACUCCUGCAUCAAGCUCUUUCCAGCGGCGAUGCAGACCGUUUCCAAGAAGAUUGUCCAGUCCCGCACCAACAGCACCCUGGUGGGCGUGUUCUCCAUCAUCCUCGUCUUUAUCUCUGCCUUUGUUAACAUGUUUGCCUGUGACACCAAGAGCUUGGCAGAAUGUGUCGCUGAGAAGCUGAACACCUCGGCGGCCCUGGUGACGCCCUGUUUGAUCCGUAGCCUGAAUGUGUCCGCCGAGGGGGGACUGGAGAUCUGUCCGAGCGAAGGCCCUUCCUGCCCCUUUCCUGAGUACUUCAGCUACAGCGUGCUGCUGACGCUGCUGGCCUGCUCCGUGUUCCUGCAGAUCAGCAGCAUAGGGAAGCUGGCCCUCAUGCUGCUCAUCCAGCUCAUUUUCUUGCUGCUGGUGGAGUGGCCACAAGUAGCACUGUUCGACAACGCAGACCUCUUCGUCACCUCCAAUGCCAUUGAUAUAAAUGAAACUAGUGCUCAGUGGCCCAGUUUCAAUGAAACUACAAACACGUGCCCAUUUGUAGUGUCCAAAGUGUCCCUGCGGGUCAUGACUCCAGUGAUCCUCACAGUCUUUGUCCUGGCACUGUACCUGCAUGCACAACAGGUCGAGUCCACUGCACGCCUCGACUUCCUGUGGAAAUUACAGGCCACAGAAGAGAAGGAGGAGAUGGAGGAACUGCAAGCCUACAACCGCCGCCUCCUCCACAACAUCCUGCCGAAGGACGUGGCCGCUCACUUCCUGGCCCGGGAGCGGCGCAACGACGAGCUCUACUACCAGUCCUGCGAGUGCGUGGCCGUCAUGUUCGCCUCCAUCAGCAACUUCUCCGAGUUCUACGUGGAGCUGGAGGCCAACAACGAGGGGGUGGAGUGUCUGCGGCUGCUCAACGAGAUCAUCGCAGACUUUGAUGAGAUCAUCAGUGAAGAGAAGUACAGACAGCUGGAGAAGAUCAAGACCAUCGGUUCCACCUACAUGGCGGCCUCCGGCCUGAACGACUCCACCUACGACAAAGAGGGUCGUAGUCACAUCACGGCGCUGGCAGACUACUCCAUGAGACUGAGGGAGCAGAUGAAAUACAUCAACGAGCAUUCCUUUAACAACUUCCAGAUGAAGAUAGGUCUGAACAUCGGGCCGGUGGUAGCGGGGGUUAUCGGGGCGCGGAAGCCGCAGUACGAUAUCUGGGGAAACACAGUCAAUGUGGCCAGUCGCAUGGACAGCACGGGUGUACCCGACCGCAUCCAGGUGACAACGGACCUGCACCAGGUGCUCGUGAACAAAGGCUACGUGCUGGAGUGUCGAGGGGUCGUUAAGGUCAAAGGAAAAGGGGAAAUGACGACCUACUUCCUGAACGACGGGCCUCCCAACAGUUAGCAGCCGGGACGGCGGCAGAUGCUGGGACGGUCCUCAGUGCAAGGACGCGGACACCGCUCGGCGAGGACUCGCGCUCGCCAUCUACAGAACUACAGUCGCCACCACUUGAAUCCCCGACGAAGAGGAAAACAAAACUUUUAAGACUUCGAGAAGGAAAGCGUUCCUGAUGAGAGGAAGAGUUCUCGUUUGACAGCCAUUUUUUUGGCCCACGUACAUGUUGACGGACGCGUGGUUUUCUCAUGUCUAGCCUCUCUCUCAGGCUUCUUGAAAGAUGCAAAGUCUGUUUAUUUAAAACAACGCCUUUUAGCCUUUGUCAAAGGAUUAACGCUGUACAUAAGGCUACUUUUUAUUUCACUUUGUGUUCUUUCUUUGUUUUGUUUUUUUUUGGUAAUUUUUAUUUCACAUGAAUUAUGAACAGGUACUCAUGUUUUUUUUGUUUUUGUUUUUCCUGCAUUAAUUAUUUAUUUCUCAAUGUUUUGUGCUAAAGGUCCUUUAUGAAAAAGUGUGAACACAUACGUGCACAAAUAUCCAGUUUAUUACACGUUUUCUAAGUGUGUAUGUACAUGCAUAUUUGUGUGUGUAUGACUAUAUGUAUAAACUGAGGAAGAAUAUAUUGACCAAAGACUAAAGUGUUAAUAAAAGCAAGGCAAGACAUGUUGAUAUGUUCUCGCUAACGUCA